CAUAUAAGAACUCUGCCUUACAGGCCGUCCAUCUUACUGAUGUUCUGAAGAUUUAUUUAUUGUACAAUGGACUUAGAUCAUUGGAUAGAGUGUGUGAAAACUUGUAAAUAUCUCCCUGAAAACGACUUACGGAAGCUAUGUAACUAUGUCAGUGAGCUAUUGAUUGAGGAAUGCAAUGUACAGCCAGUUAGCUUCCCCGUGACUGUAUGUGGGGAUAUUCAUGGACAAUUCUAUGACCUUUUGCAAUUAUUUCGCACAGGAGGUAAACUUCCGGAUACAAAUUAUAUUUUCAUGGGGGAUUUUGUCGACCGUGGAUACUACAGUCUUGAGACAUUCACACUACUACUUGUUUUAAAGGCUAAGUAUCCCGAUAGGAUAACACUACUGAGGGGAAAUCACGAAAGCCGGCAGGUCACUCAAUGUUAUGGCUUCUAUGAUGAAUGUAUAAACAAAUAUGGCAAUGCAAAUCCAUGGCAUUAUUGUUGUAAAGUAUUUGAUCUCCUCACCAUAGCUGCGUUAGUUGAAGAAGAAGUUCUUUGUGUUCACGGAGGUCUUUCACCAGAAGUCAAAACACUAGAUCAAAUCCGGACAAUUGACAGACAUAUGGAAAUACCUCAUAAAGGACCAUUAUGUGACAUUUUAUGGUCAGAUCCUGAUGAUGUAGCUCAAUGGACAGUUAGUCCUCGUGGUGCAGGAUACUUAUUUGGACCAAAGGUUACUCAAAAAUUUGUUGAACUGAAUGGUCUAGAAGUUAUUUGUAGAGCUCAUCAACUGGUGCAUGAAGGUUAUAAAUCUAUGUUUGACGGACGUCUUAUCACUGUUUGGUCAGCGCCAAAUUAUUGUUAUCGUUGUGGAAAUAUUGCUGCAAUCUUGGCGUUUAAUAGUCCAACACAAUUUGAAGCUAAGCUUUUUAAUGCUGUACCAGAUGAAGAACGAGUUAAACCUCCUCUUAGAAUUACACCUUACUUUUUGUAAUGUAGUUUUAUGAAGAAUAUGUAUCAUUCAUAUCCCUAAUAUCAUAUUUCACUACUUUUUAGUCUUUUAUGUACCCAAUGUUCAGAUAUGAAGAAAAAAAUCAAAGCAUACACUUUUAAGUGGAGGUGAACGAUUGAAUACAGGUUGUUAUAAAUAUCUGGGUUCAUUUGUUUGUUUUUAUCCGAACUUUUCACUUUGUCUCUAUUAAAAAAUUUUUUAUUGAAUAACAUGGUAUGAUUGUAUAAGUAAACAGAAUCCGUGUAUUUGUUUUUUUGUACUUAACUUACCUGAUUGAACCCUUUGACUAUCCUAGACUGUCCUUCCUUUCACCUUUUAACAUUUUGAUUGUUUU